GAAGAAGAACGGGAGCGGGAAAAGGAGCAGACGGCGGCUGGGGAAGAUCCGCUGCUGCAGCUGGAGAACAGCACACCGACGAGCAGUCCGGCGCUGAACAUCACCGCCCAAGUGGGCCACCCCGUUUAUCUGCACUGCAUUGUCGAAUCACUGGGCGAUAAAAUGGUGUCGUGGAUUCGCCUGCGUGACUUUCAUCUGCUGACGAUUGGCAGUCUGACGUACAUUCAGGAUGACCGCUUCGCCGUCCGCCCGGCGACCAGCCACCAAGGCAGCAGUGGCAGUGCCUCCAAUGACUGGUCGCUGCAGAUCAAGCACGUCACCGUGCGCGAUGAAGUGCCCGUCUCCGAGAUUGUGGGCAACCCUGACAUCUUCGUGCGCUCCGGGGCGCCCAUCAACGUCACCUGUCUGAUCUCCAGCUCGCCGGCGCCGCCCGCCUUUGUCUUCUGGUACCACAACAACCGCAUGAUCAACUACGACUACGGCGGUGGAAAUAGCGGCGGCGGCAGUGGUGGUCAAGAGGGAGCAUCGGGUGGUACCAGCGGUGGCAGUGGCGGUCGAGGGCAGAUCUCGGUGGCGAAGGACCCGAACCGAGCCGACGUGGUCAUCUCGCGACUGCUGAUCAGGUCGGCGGUGCUCGACGACAGCGGCAACUACACCUGCUCGCCGAGCAACGCAGAGCCCGCCUCCACCUACGUGCACGUCCUCCAAGGUACCGAUAAUUAG